AGGUAGGUACCUUGUACGCUACCUAGGUAGGCAUCACAUUAGCGGGACCAACCACCUACUAGUAAUUGCGGGUGCUUUUCCGCAGUCUUUACAACAUCGCAUUAGCAUUGACGAGUCGAUCAACGGUUCGCAGAGAUUCAAUGUAGUCAUUAUGGCGCUAGAACCGAUCAUUGACGAAGAUGGUUAUGCCUCCGAAGAAGACUCCGACUUUGCGCCUGCUGGUGCGGCCGCAGAGUCUGCGUCUGGCUCGGAAUCAGAAUUGGAAUCAGAAUCCGAAGCAACAGCCGACCGACCGGUAGGCGCAAUACCAAAAAGAAAGCAAGUCGAUGCCGAUACCGUUGAGGGUGAUCUCGAAAAUUCCGGCGAUGAAACCAUAAUACGGAAAGGCCAGAAGCGACAGAAGAAAGUCAAGCAAGCUAGAGGGGGUACCGAAGAAGACGAUGCAGGUGAAGGGGGCCUCAUUAAAACAAGAAGGCAACGUGCCCUAGAGAAAGCGGACCGAAAAUCACUUGCGGUGACGGGACCAGUUACUAUAGAUGUAGAUGAUCUUUGGGCGCAGAUGACUGCCGUUCCGCUGAUACCGCAGAGGAAUGCAACGAUAUUGGACGACAACCAACAGCUUGGUCAGGGAGACGCGAGUGAUGAUGCAGCUACUGCUACGACCACCUUGAGGAAUUCCAACGGUAUCGACCCAUUGGAAAUGGUCAAGAUUAGGCGCACAUACAACUUUGCUGGAAAGGUUCACACAGAGGAGAAAUUAGUUGCUCGUGACUCGGCUGAAGCCAAACUCUACCUAGCAUCUCAAGACCCGAAGCUCGCCGGAGCCGAAGAUGAAAACGAGCAACUGAAGCGGAACCCACGGAAAGCCUUCCGGUCAACCUUUGAGCCUGCUAUCGAAGCAUUCUCUCAGCGUGCUGACUUGAAACUGGGUAUGAAUAUACGGCUAGAGCUCCGCGAACAACAGGCCAAAGCCAAGAAGCUCAAUGUCGUUGAGAAGAGCCGCAUGGACUGGGCUGGCUUUGUUGACAAAGAGGGCAUCAAAGACGAACUAGAACUUGCAGGGAAGUCAAAGGAAUCAUACGUAAAUCGGCAAGAUUUCUUGCAACGCGUUGAGGCCAAAAAAGAGGAAGAGGCAAAACGAGCAAGAAUAGCUGGCCGCGGAUGAAAGGCUUGUAGGAGACUUGGCUGCUGCUUGACCACACCCCAGCUAUCUUUGGGCUCUUGGCCAAUCAGCACAAUUUGAGGAUAUCCUCGGGGAGUGUUCAUACACAGUCCCAAGGUAUGUCUCUUGAGGUACUCUUCGAGCUCGGCAUCAGCUAGCCACUAUACAUCAGGCAGUCGUUGGAUGGGGCAAUUUAGCACAAGUAGCCGUAUUGCCAUACAUAGGUACUAUCCUGCUGUGUGGGUAGCGUUUGCUGC